AUUCAGUAAUCGUUUGAAUGCCACGAUGGAAAGAUAUAUAUCAGAAAAUAAUUCUUUGCAUAGUACUAAAUUUAUUUGACACUCGUAUUUAAAAUACCCACAAUGAAAAAAGAAGAAAAAAAUAGUGAAUAAAAUCAGUGUUAAAUGCUCUACAUAUUGGCAUAAUUCAACUAUUCGGCUUUAUUUUCCAUUAUUUUAAACAAAUUGUGAAGCCAAGAAAGGCGUUUUAAAGAGAAAGUCAAUAUUUUUAAAAGAAAAGUUUUUUUUACAUGAUGGAAAAUCAAAAGGAAAACAUGGAUCAAACAGAAAAUGUGUCGAGAAUACCGAUAAAAGUAGAACAUGAAGGUGAAAUUGUAAGAAAAGAACCUUUUUGGGUUUUUGGUUAUGGAUCUUUAUGCUGGAACCCUGGAUUCGACUACCAACAGUCAGUUACGGGAUAUGUGAAAGGAUUUUCUCGACGAUUUUGGCAAGGCAACACAACUCAUCGUGGGACUGAAUCCAAGCCCGGACGAGUUGCGACUUUAAUAGAGGAUAAUGAGGGCGUCACCUGGGGCAAAGCUUUCUUAAUAGCAGCAGAAAACAAGGCAGCUUUACCCUAUCUUUCCACUAGAGAAUGCAAACUAGGUGGCUACAGAAUAUAUACAGUUAACUUUCACCCUCGACCAUGUCUCUUCUCUUCCCCUAGUAGCAGUAGUGAUUUCCAAACAGAUAGAAACGCACUACUGUAUAUAGCGCUGCCAGAAAAUAGACAUUGGCUCGGAGCUGCGCCGUUACCUGAUAUAGCAAAACAAAUUCUUGAAUGUCACGGAUCGUCCGGAUCUAAUGCGGAAUAUCUUUUAAAAUUAGCAGACUUUAUGAGAGACGAAAUACCUGAAGCUUUAGAUGAACAUCUCUUUUCAUUGGAAAGACUGGUUAAGAAAUUCGCAGCAGAUAUGAGAAUUUGCUUGAAGACUUUAAUGGGGGAGAAGGAAGAAAAAGAAGAACCGAAACAAGAUGCCAAGGCGGUCGUGCCAAGUUUCCAAUUCGCUUCCCGUGUGCCUGAUAAGAAAUUACGUUGCGUGAAUAUGUGAUAAUCUUUGACAUGUCUAGAAUUUUGAUUAUACCCAGUUUUUUUUUUUUUUUUUGUAGAACAGUGACUGAGACUAAUUGACUUGACUUGAAA